CAUUAAGAUGUGGAGGUAUCCGGUGUGGUUGGAGAGAAGCAUGUCAGCCCUGUAAGAAAACGUGUGUUUACAGGUUUCAGGGCUGGAGAACUGAGCGGAGCUGCUUAUUAUAAUAAUAAGUGUAGUACAGCGAGGCGCUGGCCGGGUCUGGCCGCUUCAGCGGGCUUAACUGCGGGGAGCGGAGGAGUAUAUUAUACAGAGUUUAGAGCUGCUGCUGCUGCUCUAUGUGCUUUAGUAGCUCUAUAGAGUAAAUCUGAUCAGAAUGGCUUCACUCACUUUAUUCGUGUCUAAUUUACCCGCUUCAGCCAGCAGUGCUGGUCUGGAGGAGCUGUUCUCUGAGGUCGGGCCGGUGAAGCGCUGCUUCGUGGUUAAAGAUAAAGGAUCAGAGAAAUGUCGUGGAUUCGGCUAUGUUACAUACUCCAUGGCAGAGGACGCCCAACGAGCUCAGAAUGAAAUGAAACAGUAUGACGGACGCAAAAUAACCGUCGUUCCGGCAAAGAAAAAGAUUCUUAAGCAAAAACAAGGAAGCAAGAAAGCCCCACAAGAAACAGAAGGUUCCAAAGAGGCAGCAGAAACUGAACACUCUGAAGAGACAUCAGAAACCAAAUGUUCUGAAGAGGCAUCAGAAAAAAAAAGUCCUCAGAAGUCUAAAGGGACCAGAAACAAUUCGAAGAAAGCCAGGCUUAUCAUCAGAAAUCUUAGUUUUAAAUGCUCUGAGGAAGAGCUCAAAGAAACCUUCUCAAAGUUUGGAACUGUCCUGGAGGCUACAAUCCCUCUCAAACCAGAUGGGAAGAAACGAGGCUUUGCUUUUGUACAGUUUAAAAACAUGCUUGAAGCAGGAAAAGCGAUUGCAGCUACAAACAUGAAAGAAAUUAAAGACAGACAGGUUGCUGUAGACUGGGCUGUGUCGAAAGAUAAGUAUACGAGUACUCAGUCAGGCGCAGCUUCAGGAAAUAAAAAAGAUCUCAACGCUUCAGUGGAGACAGAAGAUGACAUAGAUGAAAAUGAACCUCCAAAGAAAAAGUCCAAACCACAGCUAAAGAAGGAAGAAGACGACAAUGACGACGAUGAAGACGAUGAUGAAGAUGAUGACAACAGUGAAGGUGAGGAGGAGGAAGAGGAUGAUGAGUCUCAGGAAGCUGACAGUGAUGAUAGUGGACCUGCAUCAGAUGACGACGAUGAUGAUGAUGAUGAUGAUGAUGAUGAUGAUGAUGAUGAUGAUGAUGAUGAUGAUGACGACGACGACGACGACGACGACGACGAUGAAGAAAGUGAUCAGAAGAAAAAGAAGAAACAGAAGAAGACCCUUCCAUCUGAUGUGAAUGAAGGAAGAACUGUGUUUAUCAGAAACCUGUCCUUUGACUCGGAGGAGGAGGGAAUUGAAGAGUGUCUGUUACAGUUUGGAGAGCUGAACUAUGUGCGGGUGGUGCUGCAUCCUGAAACAGGACACUCAAAAGGCUGUGCCUUUGCUCAGUUCAAAUCUAAAGAGGCAGCAGAGAAAUGUCUGGCAGCUGCUGAGAACGACUCUGAGGCUGGUGGACUGAGGGUUGAUGGGCGGAAGUUGAAUAUUGUGUUGGCGGUGAGCAGAGAGAGUGCUACUAAACUGAAGACGAAUAAAGUGAAACUGCACAAAGGAUCCAGGAAUCUCUACCUGGCCAGAGAGGGAUUGAUUCGUGCUGGAACCAAAACAGCAGAAGGAGUGUCCAGCGCUGAUAUGGCCAAAAGGACACGGUUUGAGGACCUUAAGAGGGCGAAACUCAAGGAUGUGAACGUGUUUGUAUCCAAAACGAGACUGUGUAUUCAUAAUCUCCCCAAAGCUGUGGACCGACAACGCCUCUUUAAGCUCUGCCUAUUGGCUGCAGGGGGAGGCAAGGGGGUCCGCAUUACUGAGUGUCAUGUGAUGUAUGACAGGAAGCCGGUGCGAGGUCAGGUGGUUGGAAAGUCUCUAGGCUACGGUUUUGUGGAAUUUAAGGAGCAUGAGCACGCACUUCAGGCGCUGCGCCACCUUAACAACAACCCCACCAUCUUCACUGAUAACAAGAGGCCUAUCGUGGAGUUUUCUUUGGAGGAUGGAAGGAAGUUAAAACUGAAGGCCAUGAGACAGCAGAAGAGCAAGGAAAAACCUGCCCCUAACUCUGCAGCUCAGAAGAAUCCAUCCCAAAAAGCUGGAGAACAAGAAGGAGGUAGCAAGAAGCCCAAGCAGAAGAAAUCUCCUGGGAAGAAUAAACCUGCUGGAACUAAAUCUGACCACAGGCAGCAGAACAAAGGAGCACAGAGUGGUCACUUCUCAGGUUUCAGGACCAAGGCAGAAGUGGAACACGUGGAAAUGGAGGACGGCAAAAAACGGCAGAAGGUUCUUCCCAUGCCCUCACACAGGGGUCCAAAGAUCAGGCACAGAGAUAAAGGAAAACAGCAGCCUCAGUCCAAGAAAGCGAAGAGAGGAUUGAGCAGGAAGGACAGAAAAGCAUCGUUUUCGCUGGAGAAACCCAACCAGAAUAAGAAACAGAGCGCUAAACCAGUGAAGAGACAUCCCCGGAACAAAGACAAUGACCGCUUUGACAAUCUGGUGGCGCAGUACAAGAAUAAACUCCUGGGUGCCUCUAGCUCUAAGGGUUCUCUCAUCAAAAAGAGCAAAUGGUUCAGCUGAGUGUGUAAGUGUGUAAGUGUGUAAGUGUGUAAGUGUGUAAGUGUGUAAGUGUGUAAGUGUGUACGUGUGUACGUGUGUACGUGUGUACGUGUGUACGUGUGUACGUGUGUAAGUGUGUAAGUGUGUACGUGUGUACGUGAGAGCGGAAAAGAGAAUGGCCAAAUGCCAGAGAAGGACUGAUUACAUUUUAAUGAUCUCUGGUGUGACGUGUUUUAUAUAAAAGAUGAAAUGUGUUCUUGUUUUUUUUUUCCAUAUUUGAGAUCCAGUGUAAAUUGUGUUCUCCAGUUCUCCUCUUCCAGCUUCUUUGUUUGUUAUUAAAUUCUGAAAGCUGCUUGUUUGAUGAAUUUUGGCAAAUAAAUAUUUCAGUAAAUAUAA